UAGCUUGAAUCAGUUGCCCGGAAGACGAGUUCAUACAGAAAAACAAUUUGUGUAUUAUGUAAAAAAGUAAUAUUUUGAGCGCUGGAACGUCGUUGUUUCUCUCGAUGGACUACAAAUAUGACCUGAUAGAAAUCUUGAGACACAUUUCUAUAUCAUCUCAAGGUGCUUAGAUUUUCAAAACUUACAAAAUGUCUGCAAACCAAGUAGAACUGACAGAACUAAAGGAAUGGCUAACUAAUGAAGUGAAACUUGAACGCUAUUUUGAAAAGCUCACAAAGUAUGGAUUCAACUCGCUGUCCUUAAUUCAAAAUCUAGAAGAAAGUGACUUAGAUUCGGUUGGAAUUACACCUCCUUACCACCGAAAAAGAAUGUUGAAGUUCUGCAAAGAUCUACAAAUAAAGCAGGCGCCACACGUGAAUAAAGAAUGCGCACGAACAGGAAACGAUCCUAAUGAACUUGGUUUGUCUACUCGACUCGAAGAACGAAACGAAGACUAUGAACAUAACUUCGAUGAUUCGAACGAGGAAGCCAAGAUCGAACCUCCUCCCCUGCCUCCAAAGUUAGGUUCAGGUGAUGUUUAUACGAAACCAAAACCAGUCGUUCCAGACGUAGAGUCAUCACUUCCUCGUCAGCUAGCUGAUUAUAAUACAGAAAGUAACACACCAACGACAUCAGCAACUGCAGAUUCUUCAAAAACAAAGCAAAUCGAGGCGAAGGAACCAAACCUUCUUUCAAAAACGUUGCCAGGUUUAGAGACCAACAGUAGUUCUUUCAGCGAAUGUAAAGAAGUUAAGAAACCAAAGAAGCCACCUCCGAUUCCUCGACGAUCAGAUCUCGAGUCAGAGACAGUUGUCAGUUGUGAAGCACAGGGAGGAAAAAUUGAUGAAACCAAUGGAGAUAAUGAACAAAUUGAUCUAGCACAAGAUAUUGAAAAAACUGGAGACUCAACUGCCGAAAUGCCUUAUUAUUUUACAGAGAAGGCCAGUGCCCCAAAGCCUGUACCAAGGCCAAGGGUUGGUAAGGAAAAACCACUAAGUGCUCCAAGAAGUUUAGCCAAUCAGCCAACACAUUGUAGUGAAGUAACAAAAUAUGCUAAGAAUGAACUGGUUGAAGGUAGAGAACUGCCCUGCAGUGAGGGUGAGUGUGCACAGAAAUCAAAGGUAGAUAGUGAACCAAUAUAUUGUAAUAAGGAGGAAUGCUUGCAAGCAAUUGUUGCACCUCUUAGGGAAGUGGAAAAACCAGCUAAUAAGAAGCCUCUGCCUCUACCACGGCAAAAACCUCAACAAUUAAGCCUGGCACAGCAGGCUGAGUCAGACAAACUAAGGUUUCCACUACUCCAUGGCCAGGAGAGAAACCAAGAAUUUCGACAUUCAAUAGCUGUUUCAGGUCAAUUUACAAACAAACCGGCUGAUGAGGAAGAGAAAGCAACACAGCUUAGGAAUGGCGCCUUGCAUACAAGAUCUUUACACAGAUUAGAUAAGCUUGUCCCUGUUGUUUCACAGCAUGAAAUUUUWAAAAAACCUGCAAGUUUAACAAAAGAAAGUACUGCAAUUUAUACAAGUGUUCAACCCAACCAUCAUAAGCCAGUUUCUCCUUCUGCAGACUUUGAUGAGCAAGAUGUCUUUGGUGGUGUCCCAAAAGAUAAUAAAGUCUCCUCAGAAUAUUUGGGGACAUAUGAAGUUGUAAAAAUGCCAAAUGACAGGAAUCGUCCAGAAAGUCAAGAAGAAAUCUAUGAGCCUCUGAAUGAUUAUGGUAAAUCAAAUAAUCCAAAUGAUUACUCUAUGGCUGGAGAGAUAGAGCCUUCUAAGAAAAAGAAGAGCACAGCUGAAGAUGUCAUCUAUGAUUAUGAGAGUGAUGAAUCAACAGAGGGGCUUCUUUUGGAAGAACCACCAGAAUUGCCAGAGGAAAGAAAGACAAGARGAGACAGUACUGACUCAUUUGAUGCAAAGCUGCCAAAGUCUGUAACACCAAAAUCACGCAAAACUUCUGGCUAUCUUUUUAAGCAAGGAGGUCAACAGAAUAACCGAGGAUGGAAAAAAAGAUGGUUUGUCUUUGAUGGCAAAGAAUUGAGAUACUACAGAUGCAAGGAAAAUACUCAAGAGUCUUUACAUGUCAUCCCAGUUAGUCAGAUGAAAAAUAUAGAGUUUGAAAAAGAGGCAAAGAAAGGAAGAUUCAAUCUCAUUACUGCCAACAGGGUGUUUAUGUUAUCGUCUGACUCAAUGACUGACACAAAUCUUUGGGCUCAAACACUCAUGGAGGCUAUUCUGCAGUAUAAGGGAGACGAUUCUACUAAGAAGAAUGGUGGUAUGAUGAGCGAUCCUGACAAAGAAGGAUGGCUGAAAAAACAAGGUCAUAAUGUCAUGGGAGACUGGAAAAGGAGAUAUGUUGCUAUUAAGGAAGACAUUAUUUGUUACUAUGACACCUAUGAGGACUUUACCUAUGAGACACCAAUACACUGUGUAGAAGCCAAACUAGCUUCCGUCAAACAAGACCUUGGCCACAGGAACAGGUUCCUCAUUGUAACUCCUUAUAAAGCAUUCAGUUUUCAAGCCGAGAAUGAGUUUGAAGCAGCUUCCUGGAUUUCAGCCAUUCAGACGGCAAUUCAGAUGGGACUCAGUGAUCAUGCAGUAAUUAACCAAGUUUGGUCAAAUCCUGCAAAUAAAAAAUGUGCAGAUUGUGGGAAAAAAGAUCCAGUGUGGGCUUCUGUCAAUUAUUGUAUAUGUGUUUGUGCAAGGUGUAUAGGAAUCCAUAGAAGUAUGGGUGUAAAGUAUUCUAAACCAAGGUCAUUAUUGAUGGAUGAGAAAAUAUGGAAUAUGCAGCUUUUGGAGCUGAUGCUGAAGGUAGGAAAUGAUAAUGCUAACAAGCUGCUUGAAUUCAGAAUACCAGAUGACGAUAGGAUAAAUCCAGAUUCUGAUAACGAAAAAAGAAUUGAGUUCAUCUUUUCCAAAUAUAAAGACAUGAAGUAUAUGAAAAUCUCUGAAGAUUACGGCAAGCGAGAAGCAUUAGGCCAGAGUCUGCAAAAGGCAGUGGUGAAAGAUGACAUACUGAAGACAAUGGAGCUUCUAAUUAACAGAGCUGAUGUUAAAUAUACAAACUCUGAUAGUGAAGACCAGAGAACACCAUUGGAACUGGCAAAGGAUGCUGGUCAAGAACUCCAAGCAGAACUUCUUCGUCAGAAUGGCGCAGAUGCUAUAGAAGAACCUUCACCACUUAUUCCUGAUGAAGACGCCGUGGGAUUUGUCAAAGUUGAUGCCGCUGAGCUACCGCCGCAACCUUUGGCAGAAGUACCUCAUAAAGCAGGAUACCUUUUGUUGUUGAAAAAGAAAUACUGGUUUACCUUGAAGGAUCGACAUCUGAAAUAUUUCCGGAAUCAAAUGGACAAAGAUCCUAUAGGUGUUCUUGACCUGGCAGCAGUAACAUCACUGGAAUUACACACAAGUGAGGACACCAGGACCCUGGAUAUCGUCACUCCUGAAAAGGCUUAUACAUUGAAAGGAGAAUCAGACGAAGAGCUAGAAUCAUGGUAUGCUGCGAUAAAGAACAAACAGGUAUUCAACGUGCACCUCGGUUUCCAGGAGUUAGGAUCAGAUGGUAUUCCACAUUUGGUGGCACAUUGCCUACAGUUUGUUGAAACUUACGGGUUACAAGCAGAAGGGGUCUACCGAGUUAGUGGAAACCAGGCUAAAAUCAGAGCCUUGACACAAUCUUUCAACCAAGAUGCUAGUCGAGUAAUGCUGACACUAGACGAUUACAGUGUUCACGAUGUGACGGGAACUCUAAAGAAGUACCUUCGUGUGCUACCGGAGCCUGUCGUCCCUGACAAUAUGUACAAGACAUUUAUCAUGGCAUCAUGUCAUCCUGAUCGUGAUACAAAGUUAUAUGCCAUUAAAGAUGCUCUUGUCAAGUUGCCCAAAGUUAAUUAUGACACAUUGAAGAGAAUUAUAGGUCACUUGAAAAAAGUCAUUGCAGAUCAAGCUAUUAACAGGAUGGGUAUUGAAAAUAUCUCCAUGAUAUUUGCCCCAACUCUCAUGUCUAACGAAAAUACCGGAAAAAUGGACAACACUUCAAUCAACCAAGAGUUCAAAAUAAUAGGAGAUUUAAUUCACUACUACGAAUGGUUUUUCGAUGUUGAUGAUAAAGAGUUAAUAAAAGAUAAGCUAAUGGAAGAAGCGAGAAAAAAAAUUCUACAGAUUCAAGAACCGGGGCAAAGUGGAAUGAACCAGGAAUUCAAUUUAGAUAUUUAUGUACAACAAAAGAACGACAGCCCUUGUCUUAUUAAAGUUGCGGCUGGUAUGACUGCUGGUGAACUGUGCAUGAAUAUCAUACAGAAAAAAGCACUUCAACCAGAAACUAAUUGGGCUCUCUUUGAGGUCAUUGGGAAACUGAAUCUUCAAAGAGCUGUGCACCACCGAGAGAAGGUUUUACCUGUUGUAAUGUCAUGGGAAGCCUUUGGAGAGAUCAGUAAAGGCAACUAUCUUAUAAUUAGGGAAAAUCACAUUGCUGAGAGCAUCCAGCCAUUCAUUGGAACAUCUCUGACUCUAGAAGGCCAGCUUCACGUUCGUGAACCAAAGAGAAAAGACUGGAAACUAUCAACGGUUAUACUGAAAAAUGGUUAUAUGGUGGUAGAUAAAAGCAAGUCGUUUUUCAAGACGAUCAAGUCCGAUAAGUCCGACAAUGACCAGUGGUCAUUACACAAUCUUGUCGUCUUCCUUGGUGUACCGUCAGAAAAAUCAACCAAGGGUGUAGACACCAGUGCUGGUUUUACUGUUGUCGUAAAAACAGAUUUGAAUGGAAAUCUUAUGAGAUACUUAUGUGCCAAAGACAGGACAGAAAUGUACAGAUGGGUAGCGGCCAUAUUGAAUAUGAAGCAUCCAGAAGGUAUAUGGACAGACCCUAUCGCUGCAGCAGAGUUGAAGACACGAAGGGUAAAAGACGAACAGAUCUACCUUGGUCGACAAUCACGCUAUCUUAGGACAGAGGGUUCAUCAAAACACAUCGUCCAGGAAAUCAGUACGCGUCGAAAGUCACUGCGCCGUUCAGGACCAGUUUCAUAAAUGUUUAACUUUCAUGUAUUUUUAUAUCCUUGAUUCAUGAUGGGACCCCUGAGUUGUAUAUCAAAAAAGGUAGUCACCUGUAAAGCCACAAAGCUGAGACCGGCAAGGAUCAAUGGGUAGAUACAUUUAAUAUGUUUCAACAGCUUGAAAAAUAUUGAUGGACUUGAGUUUACAUUCACAGUUUCACCUCCUGUGAGCAUCCUAAAGCUGCAGUUUUUAUCUAAACCUUUUAAUACUUGUUUAAUAUGAAAUAGUGUUAAUCAAGAUCCUCAGCGAUCUCAGCUUUGUAGAUUUUUGGUGACUAACUUUAUUGAAAUAAGUAUAAACAUAUAAGUAACUCUAGGAAGCAAGUUUAGGAGGAUGAGGAGAGUUUACGAGAGUUCAAGCGUAGUGCACAUCUUGUGCGCUCCGCUUCUUUUACCAGUCUUUCUUUGAACUUCGCCAACUUCCCUUAAUUAUGAACAUCUAUAGACCUCUUUAGCUUGGGCGUAAUGUUUUCCCAUUUCAGGCCACUUGUCAUUCUCUUGAGAAUAAGAUUCUUUGUUUGAGUUGUAUCCGUAUUCAUGUAUCCAAUACUCUGCUCAUGCGCAUCUUCGUGCAAAGCCGUUUUGCUGUGAAUGAUAAUCUGCUCAUGCGCAGUAACGUUGCAUUUGUCAACAUAGCUCGCUUCCCUUUGGGUAGGGUAUGUUUGAUAGAUAGCAUGAACAAACGAAGCACCAAAAGAAAACGGAAAAAUAGUUUGAGAAGAUAUGAAACAAUUAUUGAACUUAGUUAUCACAAAA